AUGCUUGCGGCUUCUGUAGACAAUGAACAGGCCGAGUCAGAGCUGUCGGAUGUUAAGUCGCAGACCAAAGAGAUAGUUGCGCGGCUGAAUCGCAACUCGGAGCAACAAGCUAGCAUAUCGUCGGGGCGCUACAGUCUACAGUAUGGAGAUGGAUUUCCUAAGGAGAUACCGGGUCAUGAGGAGAUAUCAAACGACGACAUCUGCUUCCUAUGCAUCGCAGAGCAGUCGUAUCCCCGCAAACUCGCCUUUUCAUAUCUAUCCGAUAUUGCAACAGAGUUCUUUAACACCUAUUCUCCAACAAGAUAUCUCUCUUCCUCUUUACGACCAUACGCCUUUGUCGAGUUUGACUCCUUUAUUCAACGAACCAAGAAGUCGUACCAAGAUAGCCGAGCAUCCCAGAACAUCGACAAACUGAACGAUGAACUAAAAGAUGUCACUAAGGUGAUGACAAAGAAUAUAGAAGACCUCUUGUACCGGGGUGAUAGCCUGGAGCGCAUGGGUGAAAUGUCUGGGAGGCUGCGCGAGGACAGUAAGAAAUACCGAAAGGCUGCUGUUCGGAUAAACUGGGAAUUGUUGAUUAAACAGUACGGUCCUUUUGCGGGAGUUGGCUUCAUCUUUAUCCUUCUCAUCUGGUGGCGGUUCUUCUAG